GAGUUGGGACACAUUAUUAUGGUUUCUUUCCAACAGAGAACGCACUUACUCUCAAGCCCCCACCUCUGGAACUUUAAUGGCGUAGUUAGGGUUUAUACAGGGCAAGAGGCCUCAUUUGGUUUAUUGGGCAUUCGUUUUAUUCUAUUUCUGAUCAAAGGAUGGGAAACACUUCGUCAAUGCUCACUCAAUACGACAUUGAAGAAGUCCAGGAGCACUGCAACCACACCUUUUCACAGCAGGAAAUCGUCUCACUCUAUCAGAGGUUCUGUCAGCUUGACCGAAAUAGUGGCGGAUUCAUCUCGGCGGAGGAGUUCUUAACCGUGCCAGAGUUUGCUGUCAAUCCUCUCUCUCAGAGAUUGCUGAGGAUGUUGGACGGCUUGAAUUUUAAGGAAUUUGUAGCUUUCUUGGCUGCAUUCAGUUCCCGCGCUAGUUUGCAACAGAAAAUUGAAUUUAUAUUCAAGGUUUAUGAUUCGGACUGUAAUGGUAAGGUUAACUUCAAUGAUAUACUGGAUGUAUUGCGGGAUUUGACAGGAUCAUUCAUCUCUGAACAGCAGAGGCAGCAAGUCCUGACCCAUGUCCUUGAGGAAGCAGGCUACACAAAUGAUUCUUCAUUUGUCUUAGCAGACUUUAUAAAGAUUCUUGGCAACUCGGGAAUGAAGAUGGAGGUUGAAGUUCCAGUGGACUGAUGAAAAGUUUGAUACCCUGUAUUGUUGUUUUAGCAGAUGAGAUUAUGCUUCAGAUAUAUUUAUGUUAGGACACUAGAUCAUGAUUUUUAUUAUUGUCUUCUGUUGUGUAUAUUUCUGUAAUACUCCUAAUGUAACAAUACAGGAUUCUGCGGUGUAUUUUAUGGGAAAAUGGUUUAUGUGGGGGAGUGUGGCCCCUGAGACA